AUGACCUUCCCAGAAGAAGUCGAUGAAUACUCCUCAAUCCAGAGAGGGUUGGAAGCACUCAACGAAGCUGCGCAACGAUGGCAGCAGACUAUGCACAGUAACCAGGGCGACACGCUAAAAGGCAGCUGUGCCAGACAAAGUGUGCGCGAUGAGCUGGUUCUGGAGGCGCUCAAGUUUCUCCAGAUCGCACAAGGCCCCAUCGAUGCAGCGGCUACUUGUUACGAAAGGACGGCUCAUCUUGCCAGUGUCCGCGCUCUGCUGGAGAUGGGGGUCUUCGAAGCGCUUCCGGCGGGGCGAGAAUCUCGCAGCACGGAACAGUUGGCGCGGGAACUCAAUGUUGACGAAUCUCUUCUUGCUCGUCUACUGAGAAAUUCUUCGCUGUACGGACCAUUUGAAGAGACUGGGCCGGGCCAAUACCGCCACACUCCAUUUUCCGUGGCGUAUCUGCGCCCUGAGAUCCGCGGCAUGUUUCGAUUUGCGAUGGACGAUCAUAUGCCCGCGCACCUUAAGCUGCAUGAAUUCCUCCAACGCAAUGGCUGGCAGGAGCCCUCGUCCACAACAGACAACCCUUACACGUAUGCCCACAAGACGAAUGGAAAGAGCAUGUUCGACAACCUCUCGGAGAAGCCGGAGCGGAUGAAGGCAUUCAAUAACGGGAUGACGCUGCAGGCGAUAACGCCGCUAUGGAUGAUAGAUCUAUUCCCCUGGAAAGGUUUGACCCAGUCAAAACCCAGCGCAAGCCAGGUUGUUGCCGUCGAUAUAGGUGGUGGUAAGGGUACGGGAAUCAGCCGGAUCAGAACUUUGUGUGAUGAUUUGCCCGGUCGCUAUAUCCUGCAGGAUCAGGCACACGUUGUCAAGAGUGUAGAGGGGUCGCUGGAUCCUAUGAUCGAGAGGAUGAGCUAUGAUUUCUUUACUGAGCAACCUAUUCGAGGAGCUUUAACCUAUCUGAUCCGCCGUUGUCUCCACAACUGGCCGCAGGACAAAGUGGUUUGUAUCUUGAAGAACAUCGCCGCAGCCAUGGAGCCUGAGAAGUCACGGUUAUUAAUUGAGGAGAUAGUCGUACCGGCGGAGAAAUCCGGUGUCGAGGAAGGGUGGAUGGAUAUGAUCAUGAUGUCUCUGGGUGCCAAACAAAGGACAUUGAAAGAAUGGGGGAUGGUGCUGGGCCUGGCCGGGCUAGAAGUCAAGAAUGUGUAUCAGGUUCCGGGGAAUUGCCAUGGACUCAUUGAGGCCUGGCUGAAGUGA